AUGGACGGCUACAUCUCGCGCACCGCCCGGCCCAGUCUUAGCAAGACUACACCAAAGAGCAAGGAAGUCGCCCCCGCCCAACCACCUAAGCCCACCAAGACUCAGCGGAAACGUCGACGAGAAGACGACGACGACACGGAUGCGGCGCGGCCCCCCGCACAGGACAUCAGGCUUACGAGAAGUGCCAAAAAGCGACUAGAUGCAGGGUCAACCAGUCGACACGCAGAUGAAGAUGAUGCACACAGCCUGCACGAGUCCUAUAUAGCAGGAGCAACAGACGAUGAUACAGGCAGUGUUUUUGAGUCAGAGAACUGCAGCAAUCCCGAGGGCGACGAAGAGGACAUGUUUCUGAGUUCAGACGACAACGAGGAUGAGGCCAGCCAACCUGAGGACGAGGCCGACCAGCCCGACGAAGACAACGAGGACGAUGCCGAACAGUCUGACGAGGCCAGCCAGUCUGACGAUGCCGAUAUCCACCAUGCGGACGAUGAUGACAUGAAGGAGACACAGUACUCCCUCGAGAUACCGCUACGCGACCAAGAUCUCUUUAAUGUUGAUGUUACCGCCGCCGAGGUUACAUCCAUGGUGGAAAAAGUCUUACCUGCGCUGUCAUCAAGAAAUAUGAAGCAAUUCUACAGAACUAUCGCAGGCCAUCUUGAGAAGUCCCCUUCAUUUAGCAUCCCGGCGCGCUCUCGACACCCCACUACCUGGUCGUUAGUCAACCCUGACUUUGAUUUACUAUGGAAACACUCAGUCGACGGCGAGCGGGCUCUAGACCUCGGCGGCCCAAGUCUGUUACCAAGAUGGCUUAACAUGUCAGAAGACGGUCUUGUAAAGCCAAUUGGCUCGUUCACCAACACCCUACUACUGAUAUCCAGCUACCCGACAGCAUUAGAGGAAGGCAGCGUACACAACCGCUAUAGUACCGUAGAUGAUAUGAGUAAUGUUUGUAUGUGGAUGCUGUACACCAAGUUUGGGUACCACGUGGCGGACCUACGAUCACACGGUGUAAUGCACAUAGACAUUAUGGCUCGACGCCUCGACGCCUCGACCGGAAUCUGA